GUAACUCUGAAAUUAGUUGUCUACCAACAGUUUGUAGCAAUAAUUUUUAAAACUUGUCUCCAGUGUUUGGUGGUUUGUGUAAAAAUAAGUUCAACAAACUCAGUUACAAAUUACAAAUCUCCAAAUUUAUCUCGCCUUACUUAUCGUCACCAAUCACUAAUAUCACCAUGCACUGUUGAUGUCAUCGAUUCAUCGAUGUUCGUGAUAAUUUGAUUGCGUUUAUUUCUGUGUUAGGUACUGACGUUACUGUUGACCGGUCAUCCGAACAUCAGAGGAGCGGUGAGGGUACAGGGGAGUAACGGGAUCGUGUAAAUAUACUAGCUAUACUAUAAUGCAGUCGCACCACUACUGCUACGAGUACUAAAAACAACGUAACCUCUGACCACUUUAUUAGCGAGUGUGCCCUGUUAGGUAUUAUCAUCACAUCGUAAGAAAGCGCAAGAGAAAUGGAGGAUCUACUGCUGCCUCCUGGCAUGGAGCAUCAUUCAUUCGUCCAUCAGUUGAACAACGGGCACAACUCGUACUCCCAGCAGCAAUUCUCUGAUGACGAUGAUGGCGACGAUGACGACAGCGAGUACCCAAAGUCUGUCAACAGGUCGGAUAAAAAUUCUAGGCCGAAGAAGAAGAAAAAGAAGAAGAAGAAGAAAAGACAGCAACAACCCGAUGCAGCCCAGGAAAGAAAAAAAAAGAACGAUGCCCUGGCGGCGGCCUCGGCCGACCGCGGGCCCGAGAUCGAGUACGUCCAGGAGAUUCCGACCGUCAACGAGCUCGAGCCCAUGUACCGGCAGUUCGCCAAGGUUUUUGAGGCCUUCAAGAUCGUUGAGCCCGAGAAGCCCAUCGACGGUGAGGCCAUCAGUCAGUACCCUCCCAACUCCGGUGCUGCUGCAGCAGCAGCUGCUGCAGCCGUAGCCAUGAAGCUCGGUGCCCUCAGCGACGAGUACGAGGAAGACGCCCAGCAGCAGCUCCAAUUGCAGCAGCAGCAAGCCGGUGGAGACGGAGAUUCCCAGAAGCUCUCCAAACGCAAGCUCAAGAAGCUCACGAGGCUGAGCGUGGCCGAGCUCAAGCAGCUCGUCGCCCGACCCGACGUCGUCGAGAUGCACGACGUUACGGCCCGUGAUCCCAAGCUUCUAGUACAGCUCAAAGCCCACCGGAACACAGUGCCCGUGCCCAGGCACUGGUGCUUCAAGCGCAAGUACCUCCAGGGCAAGCGAGGUAUUGAGAAGCCGCCCUUCGACUUGCCGGCUUUCAUCAAGCGCACUGGCAUCACCGAGAUGCGCGCCAGUCUCCAGGAGAAGGAUGAGUCCAAGACCCUCAAGGCCAAGAUGAGGGAACGAGCUAGGCCCAAGCUCGGCAAGAUCGACAUCGAUUACCAGAAGCUUCACGAUGCGUUCUUCAAGUGGCAGACUAAGCCGCGAAUGUCCAUUCAUGGGGAUCUCUACUACGAGGGCAAGGAGUUUGAGACGCGUCUCAAGGAGAAGAAGCCUGGUGAACUGACGGAUGAACUGCGCACGGCCCUAGGCAUGCCGAUUGGCCCGAAUUGUCAGAAGGUGCCUCCCCCGUGGCUCAUUGCCAUGCAGCGUUACGGGCCACCCCCGAGCUACCCCAACUUGAAGAUCCCAGGGCUCAACGCGCCCAUACCUGAGGGUUGUGCUUUUGGUUAUCAUGCUGGUGGCUGGGGUAAGCCACCUGUGGAUGAGACUGGUCGACCCUUGUACGGCGAUGUCUUUGGCAUGUCCAGAGCCCCUGGCGAAGACAACAUGGAUGAAGACAUUGAUAGAGGAAUGUGGGGAGAACCAGAGUCUGAGUCAUCGGGAGAAGAGGAGGAAGAAGAGGAAGACGAGGACAAAGCCGAAGAAGGGAAAGAAGAUGCAACUGGAUUGGUUACACCUGGAGCAGAGGGUCUUAUUACUCCGAGUGGUAUCACUUCUAUACCUGCUGGUCUGGAAACGCCAGAAACAAUUGAGUUGAGAAAGAAAAAGAUUGAAAGUGAGAUGGAAGGCGGCGAUACUCCGGCUUUGUACACAGUGCUGCAAGAGCGCAGAACCGAGGGAUUGGGCUCUAGUAUGAUGGGUAGCACUCACGUGUACGAUAUGACCGGCGCAGGAGGUCAAGCACCGCCAGUGGUCAUUGCUGCUCGGCGAGGUACUGUAUCAACCUCUGAAGUUAGGGCGACGGAAAGGGAAGGAGCUGUCGAGUUGGCUCUUGAUCCGAGUGAAUUGGAUUUGGACUCAGAAGCCAUGGCAACCCGCUACGAGGAAACUAUGCGCAACAGGCAGGCUUUGCGACGAGAAGAUCUGUCUGAUAUGUUGCAGGAUCAUGUACAGCGACAAAAGAGCAAAAGAAAACGUCAACAGAACCAGGAUAGUAAAUCAUCCAAAAAAUAUAAAGAGUUUAAAUUUUAAACAUUUUUAUUUUCUAAUUUUUGUAUAUAUUUGAUGAUAACUAGAUUUAAGACUACAAUAAAAUAUACAAAUUACAAUCGCGUAUUCUGUGUAUAACCAUUGACCUUAUGUUGCAUAGUUACAAAAAAUAACUUAAUUCCAUCAAAAUUAUUUUCUGUUCGAUAUUGAUGUGUUUUUUUUUUUUUGUAUAAAUGAUUUCGUACUUGAAUUGAGUCUUUCUACAAUAUUGAGUAAGAAACUUUUUUUGAGUUAUCAGCAAAACAGUUCAAAAAUAUUGUAUCUCACUAUAACUUUUUGAAUAAAAUUAAUAUACAAUUUUAAAAAAUUCUCUCUGAAAAAUUCUUUUGCACUCAAUUUCGAAUUAUAACCUUUUUUGUUUCCUUAGGUAAUAGAAAUCUUGUUUUCGUUUUUUAGUUUAGAUUACAGUGAAAUAAAAGUUCAAAAUGAAAUGUUGGGUAAAAAUUUAUUUAAUUACAAAUUUUCCAUUUCAUCAUUCUAAGGCGAAACAAUUCGUCGAAAAGUUUUUACAUCGUAAAUUAAAAGUAUUCCUAAGUAUGCGGAUGGAUGUUAAGGAAAUAGUGAAGGAAUAAUCACAAUCGUCAUUCCCAUUUAUGUUUAGUUUAUUUAUUAAUUGUUGCGACGGAAGUCAUCAAACUUGAAAAUUUAAUAAAAAUAUUCACAAUGAGCAUUCUAUCUUGUUCUUUCGCGCUCAAUCCUCGCUUAACCGCAGUCGCGCGCAUUUUUAUUAAAUACGGAUCAGCGAGCUUGACAAUACAAUUCAUUCAAAAAUCGUUAUUUUUAAUUUCAUUGAUUCUCCUUUUUAUACGUUUCACUUGGAGAUACAACUCGCAAUGUCAUUUUGUUCCGAGUAGUCAUUUCUAGCGUUCACUAUACGGACGUUUCGACAUCGCCAAAGUUCGUGCUACUUCGAUUUCAUUUUUUUUUUUUUUUGUUUUUUGUUUUUUA